AUGCCUCGAACUCGCUCUACGGCUCCAGCCGAGCAGACAAAGUCUUCAGAGCAAAAGGCGUUAAUACCCGCUGAAAAACCUGCCAAAACAUUCAUCCUGCCCGCGUCUACCAGCGCCGAUGCGCGCCUGGUCUCUCUUCCGAACCCCCAAUCUGGCGAAUUAAACCGCUAUUACUUCUGCCCUCAGCGUGGUCUUUUCGAAUUCACAGUGGUCGCCUCACCUUCUCAUCAGGCUCGCAGCAUCCUGUUCACUCCUUGUGCGCAAGAGCCAAGUCCCGCGUCUGGUGAUGAGAAGCCCCCUCCUCCAACUGGAUCAAUUUCGAAGAAAGCAGACCUUCUCGUCGCAACUCCCAUUGACCCAAUCUUCUUCUUGAUUCCUCUUCUAUCCCCUACCUCGAAACCAGGUCAAUCACUGUACCAGCCUCUGGACGAUAUCAUUGACUCCAAUGAUGACCUCGCUCCCCACUUGCGCCAUGUUCUCUACGACGACGCUUUCCGAAAUACCCUACUCGCGCGAUCAGAAGCUAUUUGUGAUACCGUGGAAGCUGGUGACGAGAAGAUGUUCCGGUUCAAUGAAACAAAACUUCUCAAGCAAUUGAUUGCCAAGGCUGAGAGAAUGGCAACACAAGGCCUGCCUGCAAGCUUAGAGGAGCGUUUCAUUCGCCAAGCAUUGGUUGCUCCGCUGAUGUCGGUCAAGAGAGAUGAUAUUCUCACCAAUCAAACAUUGAAUGCUAAAGAGAAUGACGGCGAGACAAGUAACAACUCAGAUGAGAGACAGGACUCUCCAUCAACAAUGGGCACAACUACCACCCCGUCCAUUUCUACUCCAGUGGGGGAGUCGACACCUGUACCCCAACCUGAUGGUGGAGGUGAAUCCGUUGGAGAGAGCGUCGCUCACUUACUGCGCAUCUCCACUGCCCUGGCAUUCAUGAAAGAAUCCUACCUACCAAAAGCAUUGUCCACUCGCAUCGAUGAGCUUCUUGCUGCUCCCGAAAGCCCAUUGGAUUUAAAACCUCUGACAGAACGUCUAAAGGAGCUUGUUGCUCUCCGUGCGGAGGCUUUCUCGUCCCGAACGAUGUCUGAUUUCAGCCGGAAGCGUGGUCUCGAUGAUGAAGAAGUCGAGGCUCGCGCCGAGAAGAAGCGUAAGAAGGAGGAAGAGGACAAGAAGGCCAAGGCUUCGGAGUCUAGGGGUGUUCGCGAUCUAAAAAAGGUGAAUACUACUGGCAUGAAGAAAAUGAGUGAUUUCUUCGGUAAGGCUGCCGCAAAGAAGAAGGUAUGA